AUGCAUCGUUUCACGCUUGCCGAACGUGCGGAAAUUAUUAAAAAAUAUUAUCGAAAUUCCGGCUCAGUUGUAAAUACGCAACGUGAAUUUCGUCGUGAGGUCGGUCGUCAUCAUGGCUUCAGUAUGCAGGCAAUUCGUCGCACCGUGGAAAAGUUUGAGCGUGAGUACACUCUUUUGGACCUUAAGCCACCAACCAGACAGAGAUUGGUGCGAAAUGAAGACAACAUAGCCGCCGUAGCGGCCAGUAUCGAAGAAGACCCAGAAAUGUCGAUUCGGCGCCGAUCAGCUGAAUUGGGCAUCGCCAGAGAGUCAACCCGGCUUAUUUUGCGGUUGGAUUUGGGCUUACAUCCGUAUAAGAUUGUGCUGACGCAAGAAUUGAAGCCGGAUGACCAUAGACAACGCCGUGAGUUCGCUAAUUGGGCGCUGGAAAUGUUGGCCGGAGAUCCGGAUUUUGGCCAAAAAAUCAUCUUCUCGGACGAGGCCCAUUUUUGGCUCAGCGGCUAUGUUAACAAGCAAAAUUGCCGUUAUUGGAGCGAACACAAUCCACAAGUGUUCAACCAAGCAUCAAUGCAUCCACAAAGAUUGACUGUUUGGUGCGGUUUAUGGCAUGGCGGCAUCAUCAGACCUUAUUUCUUUCGAAAUGAGGAAGGAGACACCGUUACCGUCAAUGGUCUCAGAUAUAGAGCGAUGUUAAUGGACUUUCUGUGGCCAGAGCUCGACAACAUCGAUAUAUCCGAGCUGUGGUUCCAACAAGACGGCGCUACAUGCCAUACAAGCGACGCAACGCUCGAAGUUGUGAAGGAGAAAUUUGGCGACUGGAUCAUCUCACGGCGAGCGUUCAUCAAUUGGCCGCCGCGAUCAUGCGACUUGACACCACUCGAUUAUUUUCUCUGGGGCUGCGUCAAGUCCUUAGUCUACGCUAACAAGCCAACCACUUUGGACGAGCUUGAGGCCAACAUUCGAGACGCUAUUGCCGGAAUAACGCCGCACAUAUUGGACCGAGUCAUCAAAAAUUGGACCGACCGCUUGAAGCACUGCCAGCGAAGCCGAGGCGGCCAUUUGAAUGAUGUGCUAUUCCACACAUAA